AUGGGGUUCACGGAUGAGGGCUGCUUCCCGCAGCUCACCUGGCGGGGCUUCCUGAAAUCCGCCGAAGCCUCCGCAGAGUACGGUCAGAAGGGAUGCCCCUUCUCGGCGUUGAGCCACGAGAACCGGGUGCGACGGCAGCUGCUGCUGUGGUACCGGUCCCAUGCCUUCGGCUGCUUCGUGCUGCUCUCCAAGGAGGGCAUCACGUCCGCGGCGUACAAGAACCGCCACUGCCCAUCUGGGCAGACGGAAGGUCGCGAUGCCGACGUGACGCGAAUUGAUCUCCUGCUGAGCCAGCGGAAGCUUCACGGCACGGGCAAGCUCUUCAAAGAGGGCGUGCCGCCCUUUAGCGUGAGCGAUAUGGCACAGGCCUGCCUGGCCGGCAUGCCUCACAAGUUCAACUGGCACCAGGAGGCACUCCUCGACUGGGUGCGCUUGGCGAGCUGUGGCCAGGUGGCCUCCGCUCAGAAGGCGUUGCCGCAGCGGGGCCCUGCGCAGUGUCACUGCAACCCCGGGGAGUCAGUGCGAUGCCAAGGCGAGGACUCCACGUCCUUCCCCUGGCCGAAACGUUUCCAGGAGAUUGCCUUUCGAGGCAAGAGCUGCUGGUGCGAGAGAACCGGCGAUGUCCUGCCCUGGUGGCUGCAGCCCUCCGAGCUCUGCAACACCUUUCUUCAGCUGCCGCUGAUGUUCGACGGCAUAGGUUUCGACAAGAGCGGCAUCAUGUGGGAGAACCCUUACGUCCGCAACAUCCAGUCUUUUUUCGGACGCGUAGUCCACGUGGGCAGCUUCCGCCGGGUCUUCGAGCACCAUUGCAAGGACAAGAUCUUGGGCCUCGACGGAGAUCUGGGCUCCUCGAUGCAGGGGCGCCUGGUGCUGAGGGCGCUGCUGCCCUCCUACUACCGCCAUGUCUAUGCCAGGAAUAUCGUCGGGGUGGUUCGCCACGGCGUGAACACCGGACUUAUGGAUGACGCCUUCGACUCGGAGGUGGCCGAGGUCUGCAGCACACCCCACAGCGGUCUGGAUGGAUUGCUGAGCUACCAGCAGCUGCGGGCGGGGCAUUUGCUGUCCCCGGAGGCGAUGGACCGCGACGCAGCUUUUGCCAUUUUAUAUGGCGGUGCCUCCCAGUUGCUGAGCCCCAAGACGCUGGAGAAAUACGCGGCAGUCAUUGAGGACGUGGUGGAAGGCAUGCAGCCCAGGAUGUCCGGCUUCGCUUGGGGGUUGGCCUAUAGAAACAACACUCAAGAGACCUUUCGCUUUUCAGAGGCCAUUGAGAAGAUCCAGCGUCGCCUCUCCGAGCUCUUCAAAUAUUUUGAUGACCUCUCCAACGGCCUGCGCUACGAGAGAAAUUUUGGCUGGCCAGCUCAGAUCUUCUGA